UUUUACCCCCAACUUUAUAAAAAAUGGUGUUCAAUUUUCGCGUGUUUAAAAAAUGUUCGCCCAACGGGAAAAUCUCCCUGUACAUGGCGAAGCGAGAUUUCGUCGAUCAUGUCGUAGGCGUCGAACCGAUAGAGGGUGUCAUCGUUAUCGAGGAGGAUUACAAGGAUCGCAGAAUUUUCGCGCAGAUCAUAUGCAGUUUCCGGUACGGUCGCGAAGAGGACGAAAUGAUGGGUUUAAAUUUCCAAAAGGAGCUAUGUUUGGGUUCCGUGCAGGUUUAUCCUCCACCCGAGAAGCAGAACACGUCCAAAUUGCAGGAUCGGCUUAUUAGAAAAAUGGGUCCCAAUUCGUACCCGUUCACCUUCGUUUUGCCUACUAGCGCCCCUGCUUCUGUGACCAUUCAGCAGGGAUCCGACGAGGACGGGCAGCCUUGCGGAGUGACGUAUUUCGUGAAAAUAUUCGCGGGUGAAAGCGAAGUUGAUCGUACCCAUAAGAGGAGCACCAUUGCCUUGGGUGUACGCAAAGUGCAAUACGCGCCUUCCAAGCAAGGGCGCCAACCCUGCACCGUCGUCCGCAAGGACUUUAUGCUCAGCCCUGGUGAUCUCGAGUUGGAGGUAACUUUGGAUAAGCAGCUCUACCAUCAUGGCGAAAAAAUCGCCGUGAACGUCUGCAUUCGCAAUAACAGCAACAAGGUGGUGAAGAAAAUCAAGGCGAUGGUGCAGCAGGGUGUCGAUGUUGUUCUUUUCCAAAAUGGGCAGUAUCGCACAAGUGUUGCCUCCAUAGAAACUCAGGAGGGCUGCCCUAUUCAACCGGGCUCUAGCUUGCAAAAGAUUAUUUACCUGAUUCCUCUACUUUCCUCCAAUAAAGAACGUCGUGGAAUUGCACUUGAUGGACAGUUGAAACGGCAGGACACGAACCUUGCUUCGACAACUUUGUUGGCAUCGCCCGAAGAUCGAGAUCCAUUUGGAAUCAUCGUGUCCUACGCCGUUAAAGUGAAACUUUACUUGGGAGCUCUCGGUGGAGAGUUGGCGGCCGAGCUUCCGUUCGUCUUGAUGCAUCCCAAGCCUGGAAGGGAGAAAAAGAUGAUACACGCUGAUAGCCAGGCGGAGGUGGAGAUGUUCCGUCAGGACACUGUAGAUAACGAAGUCGAUGCCUACUAAAAGUAGAAUGACGGCAAAGAUUGUUCAUUACUUUAUUUAUAAUUAGUUGAGUAAUAAAUUGAAAUAGUUUCACACAAA